AUGUCGUGCGGCAGACGCGGGACCUCCCUUAUCUACGUCGACAUCAAUUGGAACACCCGGAGGCCAAGCGGGAGGACAAGAUGCAAGAGCUAAGCAAGAAUAUCCGGGAAUUGAAAUCUAUUCUUUAUGGCAACAGUGAAGCAGAACCAGUUUCUGAAGCUUGUGUGCAACUGACUCAAGAGUUUUUUCAAGGAAACACAUUACGCCUGCUAAUUGUUUGUCUCCCGAAAUUGAACCUAGAGGCUCGGAAAGAUGCUACGCAAGUUGUUGCAAAUUUGCAAAGGCAGCAAGUUCAUUCACGGUUGAUUUCUUCUGAUUAUUUGGAAGCAAACAAAGAUCUUUUGGAUCUUUUAGUGUCUGGUUAUGAGAACAUGGACAUUGCUUUACACUAUGGUGCUAUGUUGAGGGAGUGUAUUCGUCAUCAAAGCAUAGCAAGGUAUGUUUUAGAGUCUGAGCAUAUGAAGAAGUUCUUUAAUUAUAUACAGCUUCCAAACUUUGACAUAGCAUCGGAUGCCUCUGCAACUUUUAAGGAGCUUUUGACAAGGCAUAAAUCAACUGUUGCUGAAUUUCUUUCUAAAAAUUAUGACUGGGUGGAACUUAUGGAAACUGAUUCAAAUCAAGAUUCUGAGUUUUUCAAUGAAUUUAACUCAAAGCUGCUGGAGUCUCCCAAUUACAUAACAAGAAGGCAAGCUAUCAAGCUUUUGGGAGACAUGUUACUGGAACGAUCAAAUUCUGCAGUUAUGAUGCACUAUGUUAGCUCAAAGGACAAUCUUAUGAUUCUAAUGAAUCUUCUCAGGGAAUCAAGUAAGAAUAUCCAAAUAGAGGCAUUCCAUGUAUUCAAGUUAUUUGCUGCUAAUAAAAAUAAGCCCCAGGAGAUAAUAAGCAUACUCGUCACAAACAGGAACAAGCUUCUUCGGCUUCUAGCUGACUUUAAGACAGACAAAGAGGAUGAUCAGUUUGAGGCAGACAAAUCUCAAGUUAUCAAAGAGAUAGCUGCCCUGUAAGUACCAAGAGUUCUCCUGCAUGGUCAUGUCCGUUAUAUUAUUUUUUAUUAUGUAAUUGUAAAUUUAGAAGAUGGAAUCACCCUGUUUUGUGCUAUCUGGCAUGGAGUAUGCACAGACCAUUGUUCUGUAUCUACAGAAAAAAGAUAAUCUUCAGAAACAUCAAUCAGUAAGAAGAUGAUGCAUUCUUUAUUUUUGCCUUGUAA